CGAGACUCUCCUCUAGCUUCUUCUAUCUUGCCAUUAGAACAUUGUUCCUAGCUCUAUUAUACUGAAAGGGAGCAGCUUUUCUCAUUGUGCCAUGAAGGUGUUAGUAGCUUUACUAUUGCUUGUUCCGCUCCUAAGAUGCAAAGCUGUACCCCUGGCUCCCUUUCAUCCCCUGGAUCCACGGGUCAUUAACUGUGAUGACCCAGAGUCUGAAGAAGCAGCUGCCAUAGCUCUGAACUACAUCAAUGCCCAUCAUCCUCAUGGCUACAAGUACGCACUGAACAGCAUUGAGAAGAUCAAAGUCUUGCCCAGGAGGCCUGCUGGAGAGAUAUUUGAGCUUGAACUUGACUUAUUAGAGACUGUAUGCCACAUCGUGAACCCCCUGCCCGCUGAAAAUUGUACCAUAAGGCCACCAACAGACCAUGUUGUUGAAGGCAACUGUGAUGUUAAAUUGCUUAAGUUGGAGGGAAACUUUUCUGUAUUAUCUAUCAAAUGUUACUCAACUCCAGACUCAGCUGAAGAUAUUACUCAAAUCUGCCCCGACUGUCCGGUAUUAGCACUUUUAAAUGACACUCAGGUGAUAAAUGCAGUUGACCUGGCACUCACUGAGUAUAACAGAGGACAAGAUAGUGCCUACGUUAAACUCCUUGAAAUUGGACGAGCUCAAAUUCAGCAUUUCCCAGACAUUGUCUCUGUCGAGUUUGCCGUUGUUGUCAUGAACUGCUCAGCCAAAGAUGCCCAGGAUCACGUGGAUGACUGUCAGCUGCUGCCUAAGGAUCUAGCUCAAUUUGGCUUCUGCAAUGCAGCAGUUUUAACCAAAAACAACAUCACAGUGUCCUGCACAAUUUAUGAACAUCAGCCUGGAGUGACCCACCAUCACCUGAUUCACAAUCACUUGGGAAGACAGCUGGUACAAGGCUUCAAGCAUCAUGAUCUCAGGGAUCUCCAUGUCUCAGUCCAUGAUACAUCAGAUUCCAGCUCUGCAGAAGCUUCUGUUAGUCCACCACUAGCAAUUCCUGUGGUCAAAAGAGCAGCUGGGGCUGUUCUUGAUCCAACCAUCCCUCCUCUGCCUAUAGGUCCAGGUCCUAGACACCCUCUGUGUCCCGGGAGGAUACGACAUUUCCAAGUGUAGGAUAAGGUACAUUAGCCAGCUGAUAAAGGGUUAGCUGGUGGCAUAACCUACUUGCAGAACACACUGCCAAGUAUAAGUGUCUGAGCACGCUCAAAUCCCUGAGCUCCAAUGGGUUUCAGCCCGAUAUAUGAAAGUGAUUGAAAGCUCACAAUAAUCUGCUCUGAAAAGUAGGUGACCACAUACUGUGGCUGCUGUAAAACCCAUAACUUCAUGAUACAAAAACCAAACAAAGGUGUUUUACAAAUAAACUUUAAACAUGAAUGCCUCUUUGCCUUCU